AUGCGGCCCCCCAACCCCGAUUCGUCUCCACAACAAACCCCUCCACCACCUCCCACAGCCACCUAUAGGAGGAAAAUCCGGUCGAAAUCCACCCGACCCAUGGCUUCUGCACCUCCUCUCACAAAAUGCAAAGGCCCACCUACCACUCCACUUUUAGAGCCUCCACCAAAAAACCCCAAAACUUCAGCCUCCACAUGCCAUGGGGUUGGCGUUUCUAUCUUUACCCCACAAGCCAAAUCACCCUCUUCUAACAAAAAGCAAACUUCAGCAGCAACACAGGUAUCUAAACUACCUUGGCCCCUCCCUGAUGCAACUCACAAGGCAACUUUUAAGAGACUCAAGGAUAGGAAAGUGCAACCCACUAGUUUGCCACCUUCUGACACUGCACAACCAGCAGCAAAUACAGGACCCACUGCACAACCAGAGGCACAAUCUAUACCACCAGUCCAACAGCAUUCUACUGAACCUACACCACCCACUCAGAAGCUUGAAACUGGUCUUGCUACCCUCAAGGAUUGUCAUGAUCAACUCUUUGAUUUUGUUAUGGAAACCAGAGAUAAACAGCAAGAGUUAAAAGAGAUGAUGAAGCAACUCAUGGCUUUUCUGGGAAUGCCACCUCCACCUCCAUCACCUCCUCCAGAACCACCCCUUCGGCAGCAACCAACUCCAUCCAGUCCUUUAGCAGCAUCUUUGGACAAGGGCAAAACCAUAGAAUUAUAUUAG